UGAAAACCCUUGAGACUUCCAUUUCUCGGUUGCCUUCGAGUAGUCCACUGCUCCUGUCCCAUGCUUUUCAUCACCUCCAAUGCUACCCCCAAUCCUCCAUGAGCGGGCUCAUCUCUUCUUUGCUGAUCGGACCCGUUGUUCGGCAAGCCCGCCGCCUUUCUCAUCCGGCACGCCCUCACCCGCCUUCCGACCAUGACCGAGUCGCACCCUCCCCCAACACCCAAGACGGGACCUUCUCCGCGAACGACUGCAGCAGCAAUGGCAACGGGCGUGACAUUAUGUCGGAUCUAGAGGACACGACCCGCUCAGAUAUAGACUUUCCUGAUAGAUGCCAGGGGCGGGACGCUGGCCCCUCCGCAUCCCCGGCACUUGACGUGAACACUCGACACCAUGAAAGCGACUACUCCAGAACCCAGCGAAGUCGACAUGGCUCGGAGAAUACGUCCUCGCCAGCCAUGGCAGCUCGACCGGGUCCCAUAAAUAGAGCCCAGUCUCCCGGGCUGGAGCGAGUUGUCCCCGUUCCCCUAUCUUCGCAACCCCCCCAUCCGCAUGAAGAUCCUGGCUCCGAAGAGCUCGGCGGGAAUCUAGACAAUCGUUUCUAUCUGUAUGACAUCGGAGGGCAAUCGUUGCUUCCUGAAGAUGAUGGCAUGGGCAUAUUGAGAGAAAAGAUCCACGCCAUCAGGGACUUAGAUUGUGGUAGUGCAGAGAAAGCACGCAUGAUCCAUGAGUUGAUGACGGCCAACUAUAAUUCCUCCCAACGAGAUGAUGGCAAUCCAUCGUCUCAAACCGCACCGUCGCCUUCCAGUUCUCGAAGUCCAGAACGAGCUGGUACCCCCAUCUCACGUUGGAGUCGGCAGUCGUUCGACCAAUUGUCUUCAACUCCCGCUUCCACAACAACUUCAAUUGUCCCCGAGGAAGUUAGGUUUAACCUGACAGAAGACGACCUAAGGCCAACUUUCCACCCAAAGGCUGACCCGGAUUCGCUUCUAGGUGAUGCCGAGGAAGUAGAUUCCGAGGAGCUAGAGGAAGCUUGCUUAGGUUGUCAGCAUUACAAGCGAAAUGUUAAGCUGCAGUGCUUCUCUUGCAAAAAGUGGCAUACCUGUCGUUUUUGCCAUGACGAAGUUGAAGACCACCAUCUUAUUCGGCCCAAAACAGAGAACAUGCUGUGCAUGUUGUGUGGCCACGCACAGCCUGCAGCCCAGCUAUGUCAGAAUUGUGGCGAAUUGACCGCUCAGUACUAUUGCAGCACAUGCAAACUAUGGGAUAAUGACAGCAGCAAGAGUAUCUACCAUUGCAAUGAUUGUGGGAUCUGCCGAAUCGGUCAAGGCUUGGGCAAAGACUUUUUUCACUGCAAGACAUGUUGUGUAUGUCUGCCCAUCUCAAUUGAGAAUACACAUCGAUGCAUUGAACGCUCCACUCAGUGCGACUGUCCGAUAUGUGGUGAUUACAUGUUCACCUCCCCGGAAACCGUAGUCUUCAUGCGGUGUGGCCACAGUAUUCACCAGAAAUGUCUCUCCGAGUAUUCCAAAACGUCUUAUCGCUGUCCUAUAUGCAACAAGACUAUCACCAAUAUGGAGUCUACGUUUCGAAACCUGGACCGCACCAUUCACAGUCAACCCAUGCCGGCAGAGUUUAAAGACACCAGAGCUCUUGUAUAUUGCAAUGAUUGCGGCGUAAAGUCAGUUGUGAAGUAUCACUGGCUGGGGCUGAGAUGUGAUAUGUGUGAAUCGUAUAAUACCGCGCAAAUAAAACUUGUACAGAGCGAUUCCUUAGGGCCAUUAGAGCAGGAAAGUGGGAUCGAUGAUGCCAACGGACCUCGAUUGAGGUCGUCUUCGCAGAAUGCCGACGACGCAAUGGUAUCGACACUAGCAUCCCUCCGAGUCGAUACUAGUUCCGUCCCCGGAACAAGUCAACAUUCGCGGCUCAGCGCACCUUCUUCCGCCGAGCCCAAUGGACGAUUUUCUUCGUACAGUCUCACGCGUGGUCGCGCGGUGUCUCCGGUGAUCAGCAAUUACUUCGGAAUACCCCCAGACCGCGGAUCCGAAAGGUCUAUUUCGACGUCCUUAUUCGGCGGCCCGGCAUCUCAAGAUCGGGAGAACCCCGAUGCGGGUGAACUGCGGUUUUGGGGAAAGAAGUUCAAAUAUGGAUAUGGCUUACUUGGUCACGAGGAAGCAUCCAAUGACGGCGCAUCAGAUGCCGAGAGCGGAGAAGAUGCAAGCACAUCCGAGGAUAGUGCCUCGGAAGACGACGACGAGAGAGCGGAGGAUGAGGAGGAUGAAGACGAAGAUGAAGGCAUCGAUAUAUUUGGACAUCGAUGAGCAUGGCCGGGGCCGCCACUUUGUGUUGUUAUGCUUUCCAUUUUCCCAAGAAACCACCAGUUUGUUUGUAGUCCAGAGCUACCUUCCGCAGUAGAUCGGAGGGCUCCGUCCUCAGGCAGAUAAGCGGCUUAGUCACGCUCUGCUUGCGGCUUCGAUUGCCUUCUUCGGCCGGUCUUAGUCAGGCGCCCCAAUGAGCCUCGACUGCGUUCGUAUCCCGUCAUAGUUGGGGCAAUCUACUCAUUAUUCC